AUGAAUGUAGUCCUGUGCUUACAGAUCUGGUGCUCCUCUUUUCUCUCUCUCCCCCCAGACCCUUCCACAGUGCAGAGACCAGCUCCCCCUAUUCGACUGCUCGCACCAAUCGCUGAUGAACUGGGGGACCGCCAUCUCACUCACUCCUCUUCCACUCCAGCAGACCACUCAUCCACACGUCACUCCCCACCUCCACCGCUCCCUAUAUCCACAGCAAUCACCAUCUUCACCUCAUCCCCGGCUUCUAAGAGUGAGGCGGACAGUCCCGUUACCGGUAUGGGGGAGGAGGGUCCCGUUAACAGUAGGGGGGAGGAGGGUCCCGUUACCGGUUGGGGGGAGGAGGGUCCCGUUACCGGUAGGGGGGAGGAGGGUCCCGUUACCGGUAGGGGGGAGGAGGGUCCCGUUACCGGUAGGGGGGAGGAGGGUCCCGUUACCGGUAGGGGGGAGGAGGGUCCCGUUACCGGUAGGGGGGAGGAGGGUCCCGUUACCGGUAGGGGGGAGGAGGGUCCCGUUACCGGUAGGGGGGAGGAGGGUCCCGUUAACGGUAGGGGGGAGGAGGGUCCCGUUACCGGUAGAGGGGACAACAAGAGACCACCUGCCCUUCACAGGACUACCUUUGCCCCUGUGACACAUGACCCCAAAGACCUGAAACCCUCACAGUACAGUGGAGACCCCCGGGUCGAUGAUGGCACCUCGUCACCAGUGGGGCACUCUCCAUGCCGAGUGGAAGCACCGUAUACUCAGUCAGGCCACUCAAAGGACGAUGCUGAACUCAAGACUGAGCUAAGUGCAAAGUCCCCUGUUCCUCUCGCCGACCACUCUGUAGACGCCAGCCCUCUGAAAGUCCAGGCCCUGAGAGCUCUGUUUGGCAGCAGCCCAUUGAACACGCCUGUCAGAAGGACCAAAAUCGAGGGCCACGUGCAGGCGGUGGCUGGGGGGCAUCAGCAGUCAUCAGCCAUGCCAGAGGUGUGCACCGACGCCACCCUGAACGACCAGCUGUGGAGCAAGCUGGAGCCCAAGCCAGGCAGCCACAGAGACAGCGUGUCCUCAUCCUCCAGCAUAUCGUCCAACGACACCGUCAUUGACCUGUCCCUGCCCAAUCUGGCCAGGACGAGCCUCACCUCUCAGAGCAACGGAACCUCCCCGGGCGACAUCUUUCCGGACCCACCCUCCUGGGUCAACCGGCCAUGCUCUGCCAUAGCCUCCUUCGAGGCGCUGCAGGUCAGCAAGAGCAAGUCCAACCCCAACCUCCUGCAGGGCCACCUGGGGGAACCAGAAGACGAACUGCAACCCAGGCCCCUCGGCGCCCCCAGGGAGCCUCCAGUGGACUCACCCAGCAGAAUAACCCAGAGGAGGCAUACCUGGAGCCGCCUCUACAUGGAAGGGCUGAAGCAUUCCUCCCCCCCAGCCAAGAAGCCCUCUGCUGCCGCAACCAGCCCCCGGGAUACCGUGGCCUCUAUGUCUAAGAGCCUGGGGGACUUGACCUCGGAUGACAUUGCCUGCAACUUUGACAGCAAGUACCACAGCAUCACCCGCAGCUUCAUCAUCAGGCCUUCCCGGAACGACCUGCGGCAGGGUUACCCUAACCAUAAUCCCCAGAGGCCCCGGCUGUCCAGCGACCUAACUGAGCAGCUGAGGAGGCUGACGGACGUGGAGCCCUUGACAGCUCGCGACUUUGCCCCCCAGGUGCGCCAGGGGCCCCUGGAGGAGCCUCAGGAGGAGCCCCCGCUACGGAGGACGUCGUCCCGGAGCCAGAGCAGGGUGCGCUACAUCGCCAACAGGGCCAAGCAGGCCCAAGAGAGGCAGAGGCUGCAGUGUCUCAACCAGUCCCACCCUGCUACUGGUGCUGCUAACGCUAGCAUUAGCGGUGGCGGUAGCCCCAUGGAGGAGCGGGGGAACCCGGAGGGGGCGUGCUGCGUAGCCCGGAGCCCCUGCGCUAGCCUGGACCUGCUGAGCCAGCUCAGCACCCCAGGGCCCCCCAACAGACAGUCCCAGACCUCCCUGAACUCUGACAACAACGAGGUCUUUUUCAUGCUCAAGCUCUGAGAAUCAGACUCCUUUUGGAACUGAGCGUGAGAGAGACAUUGAAGCAUAACUCAUUUAAAAUUCCAUCCAGCUUUCCAGGAAGGUAAAUUGUAAUUUUUAUUAAAGGAAUGACAUUCUGUACAUCUUGAUAGGAUGUGUUUUUAAAUGUAUUUAAUCAUGCAGAAUCAUGCUACUUCCAGACAGUCACAAGUUUUUCUCUGGUCAAUGUGUUCAGUAACUCACAUCAACUAUGAACACCUAUACACAGCAAAUGCCUAGCUGGUCACAAUGGAUGGACUAGUCAUUUUUACCACAAUGGUCACAACAAACACCAAAUAAUUGCUCAGAAAUAAUAGAAACAGCAAUGAGUUGUCUAUGAAAGCAUCCUUUACCAAUGCACUCAUUUGUUUGCACCAAAUGAGGAACGGUGGAAUGUGAUUGGAUAAGCAAUGCCUGCCUGACUGUCUAGGUUCACAGUGACUUCCAUGUUUGUAUAUCCCUGACUGUCUAGGUACACAGUGACUUCCAUGUUGGUAUAUGCCUGACUGUCUAGGUACACAGUGACGGCCCAUGUUUGUAUAUGCCUGACUGUCUAGGUAGACAGUGACGGCCCAUGUUUGUAUAUGCCUGACUGUCUAGGUACACAGUGACUUCCAUGUUUGUAUAUGCCUGACUGUCUAGGUACACAGUGACGGCCCAUGUUUGUAUAUGCCUGACUGUCUAGGUACACAGUGACGGCCCAUGUUUGUAUAUGCCUGACUGUCUAGGUACACAGUGACGGCCCAUGUUUGUAUAUGCCUGACUGUCUAGGUACACAGUGACGGCCCAUGUUUGUAUAUGCCUGACUGUCUAGGUUCAAAGACUUUUAUGUUUUGAGUAUUCAUUGUGAGUUGAGCUGAUCCUAAAGUAGCAAUAGACGACCAUUAGUGGAGUUUUACUAUUCUAAAACCCUUUUUAAACUUCAAAUUUUAACGAUAUGUAUAUACUGUACUUUUAAAAUGUGUAGAGAUGUUGUUGUUUUUAAAAAAUAUUUAUUGAGCCAGUAGUUCUGAAAGUAGCGCUCAUGAGACAAAACUGGUCCUCGAAAAUGACAUACUACGACACGUGCAGGUAUGUGCAUCACAUCUUAGCUUUCUCUUUUGCUCUGCUUUGUAUGUAUCUUGCUAGCUGUCACUCAAACGGCGAGGGGCUGAAGCUCAUUGGCUUGAACGUGAAUUGCUAGGGGGCUGACCCAUGUGGGGGAAAAUGUAGGGAAAAUGGCACCUCUCACCUUCCAGCUUUCAAACUAGAGAUUCCGUGGCUAAUUUGAGGUUAGACAGUAAUUAUUCUCAUAGAUUCUGCAUGUAUGAUUUACAUGUUGACACAUCCAGCCCAAAGCGGGAGGUUUAUAAAAUACUUACUAGUCGCCAAAGUUCUUGAGCAUGUCUUUUAAGAUUGAAUAAUAAACUUUGUUAACGCAUUAUAAAUCACCAGUCGCCCAGCCAUGUGCUAGAAAUAUUUGUAAACAACUUAAACAAGUGUAAUAUAUUGCAGAUUAUGGAUUUUAAAAAAAGAUUGUUGUUUAGUCAAUGUGGAGUCUUUACUGAAAAGGAUAAGAGUAAAUGGCAACAAUAAUUAUUUUUCCUAAAAAAAUAAAUCCAACUUUUAAAAUUUUGUGAGUACAGUGAAGUGUGAUUUGAAUGAGCUGCCAGUGUAAAACUGUACCAUACAUAGUUAUUCUACUUCAAGACUCCUGCUACCUGUUUUUUAUUUGACUGCAUGUUUUUUUAAACCCUUAUGUACGUCUCUCUUAUUUUAUUAUACAAAAAGUUUUUUAUAUGGGGAACUGAUUUGUCGACGACUUCUUGUCUUGCUCAGUGUUCAGGCUGUUGAAUGAUGAUUGGUUACACUGUCUUUGUAGAUACUCAACCAGAUAGCAUUGACCCCGUUUCCAAGCAUGUUUAUUUGUUCUGUACAGUUUGCACUGCCAUUCCAGUUCUCCGCAAAACUUUAGGAACAAUAUUGAAGUAAAAAACAGAUGUAAUUAUGAACUGAAUAAAUCUCUCUUGUAUAUUUAA